UCAUACUUCACAUAAAUUCAUAAAUAACAUACAUAUAUACAUACUAUACACAUAAUACAUUACACUCAUUAUGUACGAUGUAUUUUAAUUAAAAAUUUCUCGAAUUACUGCAGUAUAAUAUUACGAAGCUGUACAACAAAAUUCCCCCUAAAUAAAACCUACGAACUCGCGCGAGUUAGAUUCCAGCCACCAUCGAGUUUCCGUAAUUCUUUCCAAAUUUUUCGGGCUAAUGUCUCCGCCCACGUUCCUCUCGAUCGUCUCACCGCCUCAGGAUCUCGAUCCUUGGACGAGUAAUCCCGUGGAAAGAUCCGCGUCGCGGGUAUCGAUCCCACCGUGGAUGAAGGGUUUAGUCACGGAAUAAUUAAUGUGAGAGAGCAGGUAUCUCCUUGCGUACACUCGUCUACUCCACUUUCUCUGCGGAUUCAACGGUGUACGUGUUUACGGGAAGUUCGAAGGGGACGAGCGUGCAUCGGUAAUCGCUCCGACCAAUCCAUAGCGUCGCUAGUGACGAAUACGAGCGGUGAUCAUUGUUCGUAGCGUUCCUUCAUGCAGGAAGGAUGCCACCAGCACGAAUCUAAACGGUCCGUUUUAAAAGUCGAAUGAGAGAACGGCAUAAUUCUAUUCGUGCUUUCCUUGGGCCACGCUCGAUAGACUGUUUUAAACGUCCUUCGAUGAAUUAGGGACGACGAUAAAAUCAUGCUUGGAUCUUUAUUAAUAAGCAGGGAAAAUCGCAAUUUAUUAUGGAGCAUGUUUAUGGCCGUUUGAAUUAGGACUUAUUAAAAAAGAGCAUACUAAAAUUCGACAUAAUAUUCAUAUUCUAAACCGAAGAAUUAUGAUAUUAACAUUAUAUGUAAUACUUCAUGUGUUACUUUUUUUUAAAGGACGAAUUUAGGAAUCAUUAAAAAAGGCUCGCUACAAUUUUGUUUAAUAUUCAUAUAUUAAAAUCAAAAAUCGUAAUAGUAAAAUUGUAUCUAAUAUUUUAUAGAUUCAAAAAUAAGAAAUAAACAAAUUUAAUAUCAGCUUUUAUUACGAAAUAAUGACUUUAAUUACACAUCUGUAUUAAAUAUUCACAAAUGACGCCACAGUUUCCUGACAGUAAAUAAACUAAAAAGUAUCCAUAAAGUAUAGAUUGUGAUUAGAUUUUUUGCUUCCAGAAUUUUUUUACAACGAAUCAUAUUAUUCAAAGUAAAUUAUUUCAUUUUCAACGUAUCAUAUUUAACUGCGUGGUAUUACUUAGCCCUUCGUAAUAUCAAAACGAACCUGCAACGUAAUUAAUUAACGCAGAUGCCCACUUCUAAUCGCGAAAACAAAUUUUGAUCGCAGAUCCUCGUUUGCGCUAAAAACUCGAGACAGUAAGGGCAUUUUCAUCGGAUGAACCCGAUGCAAGCUGUCAUCGAAUAUAAUACACGUUACCCGUAUGUAACUCGAGGCUGCGGAUAAACUGGCCUCAUCGGAACUGCUCUCGAUAAACGCGCGUACACUCGUAGCUCCGUGAAAGUGACCAACCGUCGCGUAAAUCGCAUCUGCCGCAUUUAUAUAACAAAAACGAGCAAGUAGUCGAGGAAAAAGGAGGCGUAAGAACGGUAGCGUAACGACCGUCCCGGCGGCAAGGAUACUCGAAGAAAUUUAGAACGGGCCACGGGUAACGCGAGUAUAACAAAUGUGACACCGAUCGUCAACAAAAGCCUGGCGCCGCUCCAAGUCGCGUUAACACGCAUAGAAAUUACCCCGGGCAAUUUAAACGCCUGACCAGCGUUAAUCGUAUCGCCCCCUCUGGAAAUAUAACGGCCUGGGUAUUUUCGAAAACCCCCAUUCACCCUCUCGUCGUCCCCCGUUCGUAAAAAGGUAGGGAACCGUUGAAAAUCGAGGCACCCUGGGAUCGGUGGAAAUGAUCCCUUAAAAAGUGGACAGAGGUGCUUUCAGGAAGUUCGAAUUCCGAUUUUUAAAUAAAAAUUAUCUAGGGUGAGGAGUAUCGAUUUGACUUUGGAAAAAAUUGUAAUAAAACCAUCGUUAACAGUUAAGUGAAUAAAAUAAUAUUGCUCCAUUGCAGUAGAACAUAGGAUAAUGAGAAUGAUCUAUCGAAACAUUUAUGAAACCAUUAUCAUCGAUAAGUGUCGUGCAGGCAAGUCCUUGUGACACUUAUCGAACAAAGUGUGUGUGGAAUUCGAGGAACAUACGAGUAACCAAAAAUCAUGAAAAAUGAAAAUUGAUCGGCUAUACAGUUAUAUACUCUUAAAACCAUUGGAAAUUUAAAAAAUAAAUUCCACGUUCAUUACAAUUCAGAGGUUUACUUUCUCGCGAUUAUCAAUUGGCGAGCACAGGUCAAUUCCACCUUCCACCUCCUCCACUGCGCGCAGUAACCGUUAUCUUUCGUCAAUUAUACAUAAUUUCCUACCGAAACAUUCCAAAUACGCGACACAUUGUACAAUCCUCCUCGAUCACGCUAUCAAAAACCCACCCCCUCCGUACAUUGCUCCAUCCCCGUGCUCCUUUUCACCCACUUACUCACUUCCGUUUCAAAUUUUCGACCCCCGAGGACCGCGACGACCGAAAAAAAAGCCAUCGCGACAAGGGGCAACUACCCUCUCAGAAAAAAAAGAAAAAAAAAAAGAAAUUCUACCCCCGGCCCCAAGAAACGGAUAUCGCGCGUCGCGUCUCGAGCGACACUCUCCCGCAGCCGCGAGCCUCGCGACACACAGCCUGAACAGAGAAGAAUGAUCGAGGUGGGCAGAGGAGCGGACGAGGCGCGGAGGAAGCGAGCGAGAACACCGAUAAGGACGGGACGAACUCGCGGCGCGCGUACACAAUCAGCCCCGUUCGUGUACGUGCACGACGGAGAGAAGGGAGGCCGCGAGAGACGAGCAGAUGCCAGCGGGCAGAGAGAGAGAGAGGACGGACGGACGGACGGAGAGCGGCAGCGAGCCACAGAAAGCGUCGAGCGCCGCUGCCGGCGCACAGAGAGAGAGAGAGGGGGAUCGCGUUACCCCCACCACGGGGGUGAAAACUACCCCGAGAGCGCGUGGGGUGUCCGGCCUCGGCGCCGAGGCGAACCGAGCGCGUCCGAAGCGAGCGCAGUGCCCGACACACCAGGUCCCGCACGGCACGACUAGGCGCACCGUCCGGCACAGUCCACUCAGAGAUACGACCCAUGCUGGACCAUCGUCGCUCUGGUCCACGCCGGCAUCAGGCAUCCAGCAUCCUCCGUGCGGCAUCCCGCGCGAGACACCAGGACACGCGUCCUACGCGACCGCAACCAAAAGGGACCACCGUCAACGAAGGUGCAACGAGACACUCGAGGCGCGUGUCGAGAAACAACAGUUCGAUCCCUGACGCGUAACCACUCGUGCGUCCAGUGCAGACAACGUGAAACACGGUGCAAGACGUUCGUUUUAUCGUAUUUACAUAUCGUCUUUGAACGGAGUUCCCUCGGUGAACAAGGUGAACAGUGAACAAGGUGAUCCGGUUCCUCGAUGACCGCGAGUUCCCGUGACACGGUGUGACGGAAGUCAUCCCCGACGCCGAGUGUUCGGUAUCAUUCGAGACCCCCGAGUGACGGUGAGAUCGUAGAGACUCGAGGUGAAUAGGAUCGAAAAAGAUCAGGACAGACCGUCUCCUGGCGGCAAGCUCGAAGGUGGCACCUGUGCCACGCGGGCCACCUCUGACAGUUUUCCACCUGCGGCCCGUGACCAUCGCGUAUCUCGGCUCUGUCUCGGGUGUCGUAUGCGCGCCGCGACGCGCGUCGUCCCGAGGAACAUGAGGACGCACGUCAGUUGACGAAGAGGCGCGACCCGGCCGGCUGUCAAUCCCGUAAUCGUCGCGGCCAGGUGCGCGAGAGGAUCGGGAUAGACUGAUAACAGGACCCAGGUGACAGGUUGAAAGUGUACCGAGAAAAAAGAGAGAACGCACGGGGGGUUCGCGGGGGUGCGAGAGUACCCCGAGGAGCCAGUGAAGUUCGCCGAGUUGGAAACAGGUGAAACGACGGAUGGACACGUUCGCGAGAGGCGGAGGUGAGGAGGAGGAGGGUUGAAGCGUGACGAUCUCUUCCCUCUUUUCUUACCCUUGGAAGGAGCCUCUUCCUUCGAGCGUGGUCGUCGCCUCCCCCCCUUUUUCUUCUCGCCUCCCGUGGACAAAAGGAAUAAGAUUCGAUUUUCGAGGGUACGUCGCGACCGGGAUCCACCACGACCGCCGCGAAACGACACCUUUCCGUCCUGGACCGGCGAGGGAUACGUAAUUCCAGACGUGCGACGCGCCGCGAUCAUCGAGAACGCCACCAUGAGGAUCAAAAUGCCCGCGGUCAGGAUCGCGCAAGCGGAAACCUCGCAAGGUACCACAUCCCCAGACACCGUCCAAUGCGGGGGUUGCAGGGCGUCCUACCCCCUCGGCGAGAUCGUGCGGUUCAUCGAGCACAAGGUCAACCACUGUCGCAGCACGCUUCAGGGCUGCCACAGUCCGUCGGCGACGGCCGCGCCGGAGGACUCCGAUCCGGAGGACGCUCUAGCGUUGAAGGCUGUCGAUCAGGACUCGAAGCUCAACUCCGUGCCCAGCAUAUCCGCGCCCAUCAACAAGAGGGCGGGGGGCAGACUCGAGAGCCCUCCGACGCCUCAGGGCUCGGGACCGGAUGCAGGAAGCCCGAUCGAGCUGAAAGCUAGCGCCAGCUCGACGCCCAAAAGAAGGACGGACCCCUCCGACGAAGACAAAGAGGACCUACCCAAGAAACCGAAAACGGAGUCCGUGGACGCGGACACGAACACAGUCAAUUCUGAACCGAGAUGGCUGCAGUGCUCGCAGUGUUCCAGGAGGCUGUCCUCCGCCUGGGAGCUCCUCCAGCACGUGCAGAGCGUGCACGGCGCCAGACUGUACACCUCCCCGUCGUCGUCGACGAAUUCCUCCUCGAACACGCCGGCACCGAGUCCUCCGACGCCCACGCCGACCCACGCUCACCACCUAAGCCCGCCGAAUCACUUGAACCUCAGCGGCAAGUCCACGGGGAGUUCCUCCGCGGCGAACUCGUCCGGUGGGACGAACUCCAGCGGGAGCAGCGGACGACAGCAACUGCAAUCAUCGGCAUCGUUGGUGGGCGACCCGCUCCACAGCUUUCUGAGGCUACCCCAGCACCUAGAACGUAGCUUCCCGCCCAUGUUCAGGCCGGACUUCCUGGCCCUGAACCCUCUAGCCGGUUACAGAGGUUUACAAGAGCUGCAGACCGCCACUAGAAACCUCCAGAACCUCGGAGACCCUCUUCGAGGGAUGGACGGGUUGAACCUCGGGGAUCCACUGGUUCGCAGCUCGUUGGACUCCCUGAACAACGCCCGCAACCUGGCGAACCUUGCCGAAUUGUCGCACGGUCGCGGACUAGCCAGCCAGGCGCAUCCACCUCCACUAGAGACCAACCUGGAUUUUUACUCGGCGCGCCUAAGGAGCCUCGCUAAUCCGUCCUUAGGCGCGGCUCCACCAAAUAGCGGGAACACCACGACCAACUCUAAUCCCCCUGCCCCGGUACCGCCUGUACCAGUGCCAAGUACCGUCCAGCAGCAGCAACAGCAACAGCAGCAACCGCAACAGCCGGCACCCACGCACGCGCAGUCCGUCGAGCCGCCCAGCCCAGCCUCGAACAACCCUGCGAUCAUCGGCCACCCUAAUCAUCAGAAAGAAAACUCGCCGCCGUGCUACAAUCAGAGUCCCGUGGGUCACCACAACAAUAACAACUCGACGGACAGCGAAAAGACCAGUCCGCCCGUCGCCUCCACGCCAAUCAUCGCCGACUCGGCGUCGGAGACGAUCUACACCUGCGAGGUGUGCGACAAGAAGUUCCGUUUCCAGUCGAACCUGAUCGUCCACCGACGGAGCCACCGCGACAAGGAGAGGCAGUAUCAACAGGAGAGCACGCAGGAUGGUCAAGCGACGGCCGCGAGGUGCGAGGUCUGCGAGCUGGAGGUCGCCAGUUUCGCAGAGUUGAGGAAGCACAUGAGGAAGGAGCACCAGGAGAACCUGAACGCGGCCAGUCCCCAAGGCAGCGUGGAGACGGUACCCGACGACGGCUCUAGCUGCGACGAGAACAUGGACUUGGACGACGCGGACGAGAACGACCAGAAGGCCGAGAGAGAAGACACGGAGAACACGCCCGAGGAUCUGAGCACCACGCAGGGCCAAAGCGGAGAGGAAAGCAGCGGCAGAGUCGAGCAAAAGCCCGCCAGCCUGGUGGGCGACCUGAUGGAAAAAUUUGGCCUGAGUAACAUAGCUCAGUACUCCGAAGCUUACCGACAGGCUCUUCAAGAGAACCAUCGUGGCGCCUUCAUCAAGACCGAGUCGCCCUCGAACCUCGCCAACUCUCUCAACAACAACAAAGAGAAGGACAGCGCUCUGUCGCCCACCAACUUCAACUCCUCCACCACGCCAAACAUAUUCUCCGGUCAAGGCUUCCCCAGGUCCACGGGGCCCGAUUUCGGCGGUCUCUGGCUCCCCAGUCCUCACUACCUGGAGAACAACGAGUUCCGCAAGGCCACCAAGGCCACCACCUCCAGCCUAGCGCUCCAGGGCCUGCCCAGCCCUCUGCUCAAGAAGGAGCGCAGCGGGAGGAACGACACCUGCGAAUACUGCGGCAAAGUGUUCAAGAACUGCUCGAAUCUGACCGUUCACAGGCGGUCGCACACAGGCGAGAAGCCGUACAAGUGCGAGCUGUGCUCGUACGCGUGCGCCCAGAGCUCGAAGCUCACCAGGCACAUGAAGACCCACGGCAGACACGGCAAGGACACGUACAAGUGCCGGUUCUGCGAGAUGCCGUUCUCGGUGCCCAGCACGCUCGAAAAGCACAUGAGGAAGUGCGUGGUGGUGGUGCAACAGGGCCCGAAGCUCGGCAUGCCUUAUCCAGGCAGUCAGGACGAGGACUCCUCGCUGAGCACUAAGGACACUUGAUCUUGGAACGGAAGCCUACCGCCGAUCCCGCCACUGUGGCCGCACAGGCCGCCAUACCCGGUGUACUGAACAGCGGAGCUUCUUCCGAAGGAGAUUGAGCAGAGACAGAGUAGACGGAAGGCGUGUCCUGAGCAAGUAGGUGUCCUCGAACGACAGAUCCUCGUUCCAUGGGCGACGUCGAAGAGUGUCGCGGGGAAUCGUCCGCGCGAAACGUUCCCCGUGGUCGCUCCCAAUCAGGAUCGAGAGACGUCGACAGAGUCGAUCGGUGGACCUGGAAAAGGUCCCGAGGAGGAGCGGAGGAACGGAGAACGACGAGGAAGCGACCCUUCCGGCUCGACGGAAGCCAACGGCGAGAGGGUAUUCUCCCUAACGGGGACUGGACCGGAGGAGCGCGGUUCCGGUGAACGCGACGAGGAAAAAGGGGUAGCGAACGGCUACCGUUCUGGGGAGUUUUGAAAUUCAACUAGAGAAACGAACGAAUGGUUACCACUUUGCGAGUCUCAAGUACAGUUAUUUAAAAUAUAUCCUUAUAAAUAGUUAUAAAUAAAGACGCUAUAAAUAUAUAUAUAUAUAUAUAUAUAUAUA